AUGAUAAUGAGUUCAAUGAACAGACCAGAAACCCCUACUACAAAUUGGCUGAAGAUGUUUCGAGAUUUACAUCCGCCAAGCUUUAAGGGAGACCCAGAAAUGGACCCAAGUGUAGGAGAAUAUUGGAUGGAGCAAACUGAAAAAUUAUUGGAACACUUGGAGUGCCCCGAAGACCACUGGGUAAGGUGCGCUACAUUUAUGUUAGAGGAAGAAGCGGCUAUCUGGUGGAAGUCGAUGUCAGGAGUCCUAAGGACUCGAAAUACCAUCCAAGAAAACAAGGAGGUGCGAGUGACACCUAUUACCUGGGAACAAUUCAAGAUUGCAUUCAAUGAUAAGUACUUUCCUGAGUACUGGAGAGAGGUGAAGAAACAAGAGUUUUUGAUGCUGACCCAAUCGGAGGAUAUGUCCGUAGUGCAGUACGAGGCCAAGUUUUCCAAGCUGAUAAAGUAUGUACCUAUGUACACUACGGAUGAAUUUGAGAAGGCCCAGAAGUUCUUUCAAGGACUUAGAAAGGAAGUGAAGCAAGUACUGUAUGCGUGGAACAUCCGUACUUUUGAUGAUGCAGUUGAGAAGGCUAUUACUGUUGAGCGAAACAUGAUGGCUCAGGGAGAGCUGAAACUCCGAAGUGAUGUGAAAAAGGAGGUGGAAAGUAAAGACAAAUCAACAAACCCUCCAGUAGCACAAUUCAAGAAGCCUGAAGGAGCCAAAUUUAAGAGGGAAAGAUAUUGCAAGAAGUGCCAAAGGAGGCAUGCUAACAACAAGUGUGGGACCAAAAGCAAAGGAGCGGGUUGCUUUGUGUGUGGAGAAGUUGGACAUUUAGCAAGAGACUGCCCUUCGAGGAAGACAUUGAAGAUCGAGGAAGGGGCCAAAAGGGAAGCUGACCCAAGGAAGAAGCCAGAGGGAAAACCAGGCCCACAACUAGCACGAGUAUUUCAGCUAACAAAGGCGGAGGCUGAUACUGACCCGAGCGUUGUGGAAGGUACGCUCUUCAUCAAUACUACUCCUGUACAUGCAUUGGUGGACCCUGGUGCCACCCAUUCAUUCAUAGCAAAUGAGUCUGCUAGGAGUUUGGGUCUUGCACCCUCAAUAAUAGGGCAUGGAGUUAGAAUUCAAUCUCCAAUCGGGGAGACUAUGGAGACUAAUCUAAUGGUCCGAGAUUGUGAUGUGGAUGUUGAGGAUGAGAAAUUUAAGAUAGAUCUUAUACUUAUGGAGAUGCAUGACUUCGAUGUCAUCCUAGGCAUGGAUUUCCUUUCUCGGUAUUGCGCCAGUAUGGACUGUUUGAAAAAGACAGUAGAAUUGGGAUGUCCGGGGGGAAAAGUAGUGAAGUUUAAAGGACCACGGUUUGGUAGGCCGUUAAAAUUUGUAUCGACCUUGAAGGCUUGCAAAUGGUUGGAAAACGGAGCAUAUGGAUUUAUAGCUCACGUUAUGGUCGUAGACAAUAAAUCAGAAAUGAAGCCAGAAGAGGUAGAAGUAGUGAGGGAGUUCUUGGAUGUUUUUCCAAAGGACUUGACAGAGCUACCUCCUGAUCGAGAGGUAGAGUUUGCCAUUGAACUGUUGCCGGGAACAACACCAAUUUCUAUACCCACUUAUUGA